AUGUCACGGCGCGCGCUCCUCGUGGCUCGCGCGGCGUUGUGCGUCGCCGGGGCCGCCUCGGCAAGGAUCGACCUGGAGAAGGACCUGCGCGGCAACGCCUCCUCGGCGGCGUCGGGCGCCAGGUACAAGUGCGGGGCCCUCCACACCGCCACGGAGGCCUGCUACCCGCUGGCGACGGCGGGUUCCUGGAUGUCCUCUGCGAAGGCGGCAUGUUCGACAGCUUGCACGAAGGGCUUCACCUGCAAUUGCCCGGUCAAGGGGGAAAGCUGCAGCAGCAUCAUGGUCUCAAAUCCGGGGUUGAAGUUCAUGGGCCAGUCAGACUACAUGUCGUAUUAUGCAGUGAGGGUGAACAUGGAGACGAGGGAGUGGGAGUAUCUGAGGGCAUCAAAGCCGCAAUGGUCCGCAGAUAACAUGAGACGGACCACGCAUUUCGAGUGGGCCAAGCCCAGCGAGACUGGAGCGUCUUACCUCGAGUCGACAGAGCUGGUCAUAACCCCAUCGGGCGAAGACUUCUGCCAGCCCGGCGUGGCCGCCAGGUACUCCGACAACCUGUACAGAACAGUUGGCAAGGCGGAGAGGUCCCCCUGGGGGUGA